UAUUUUUGCCAAUUUCCUAAAAAAACUAAAAUGAAUGGUUUUAGAUAAUUAAAUCAUCGGCUCCCUUACCCCAACAAAAAAUAUUUGAAUGACGUGGCAAAUUGGUUCCAUGCAAUAGCACACUUAACUCCCACGUGUCACCAAUGAAAUCUCCCCGCUCUAUAAAUAAUCAAAUUAAUAUCGAAACCUGAUCACCUAACCGACAUCCCCUUCUUUCCCAGCCUUUCUUCAUGGCACAACCUCUACCCUCACUUUCUUCUUCGCCGCCGCCGUGGGAGGUGAUUCUUCUCGUCGCCGAACGGCUCGACCCCAAAACCCUGGCCACCGCCUCCUGCGUUUGCAAGUCUUGGUCCCUUUCCAUGGCCUCCGACCAUCUUUGGGAGCCUAUUUUCACCGCUAAUUUCCCUUCUCUCUUUAACCUUGCUAGCGCCCCGACCUCGUCACCACCUGUUUCCUUCCGCCGCCUCUUUGGCCUCGGCUACAUUGCUGCCGCUCGUCGCCGUCCCGCUCAGUUGAAACCUACUCUUUCCCUCUCCGACCUCGUCUUUGUUAUUAGUAUUUCCUUCACCGACAAAGAUCAGUGUGUUAUUGCUUGUGACGGAGUAAAUAAAGAAGAAAAAGCUCCGCGGCCACAAUCCAGCCUCACCGUCGUGAAGCAUGGUGAGGAGCUACCCGUGGAACGAAAUGGACUAUUCAAAUUCGACAUAAAUCUCAACGAGAAUGGGGCUGCUCCGGUGGUCAUUGGAGCGAGAGAGGAGGUGGAGGUGGUAUGGAACAUAGUGUUAGAAGGGUGGAGGGGGGUAUUUACAAUGAUUGAAUGUGGAGGAAGAGUGGGAAUGGCUCCGAGAGCGGACGGGUGGUUCUCGGAGGAGCUCCCGGCGGCGGGGUGCUGCCCGAACGCCGUGAGCGGCGGCAUUGUGGGGGAUUUGAGACUAGGGUUGUGUGGAAAUGGAGGAGGGAGUAAUAAGGUUAGGAUUGAAAGUGUGAGUGUAGGGAUGAUGAGUGUUGUGAGUUGGAGAUAUGUGAGCUUAGAUGAUGGGUUAAUGUAUUUGCAACAUUUUUUGUUCAAUGCUAACGUCUAGUAUAAUGUCUUUACUCAUUUAUAAAAAUAUGUUUUUUAAUGAGUUUAAA